UAAAUAUAGUGUGAUGUCCUUGUGCUUGGAUUUAUGGUUGAAUAGGUAACUGUAUAGUAAUGUAACCAAUUUUCUUUUGAACACUCUGUACUAUGUUAUGCCAUGUUUGUUUAGUGUAGUGUGUGUGAAAAUAAACACAAUGUUUAUCAACCUUUAAGCUGAGUUUCUUUCACAAGCAUGUUCAGAUUGUGAUUUAAGAUCAUUCUAGCUGUUAAUCAGUAGUCUUAUCUUUACUAUUGUCUCUCUCACUCAUUAGUUCAUACCUCUUAUUAGUUAUCCUCAUACUUUACAGCAUCUUAAAACAUUAAUUUUGAUACAUUUCACCGUGUGUAUUAGAUUCACAGUCCUCAAGUGGCCAACCUAAUCAUUAUGAAACCUCAUGCCAUUUUCCCUAUCAAAAUGCAAAAUAUGUGAAGCUCUGAGACUUCAUAUAGCACCCUUAACCAUUGUAUACUUCAGCACUACUCUUAGUUACCAGUUUGCAAUCUUGUGGGAACAUAUAUCUCUAUUUUAGUCUAUUUUCUCUUACAUCUUGUUUAUUUAUGUCAUUGUUGAUAGAGUCUAGUGAAAGUAGUUUGGAAGAUUUGAAUGAACAAAGAACAUUGGAUAAAUAUGGAGAAGAUCAAGCACCAGCUCGGCCUCAACCUUCUGCUCCUCCAUUAAAUUACUCGGAUACAGCUUCAACACCAUCUCCCAGUUUGGUUUCCAGGCCACAUCGUAGAGCUCCAAUGAGAGCAAAACCAAUUGAUCUACCUGAGGAAUCACCUAAGUUCUAUACUAGCCCUCCAUAUCAGCCAGAGCAAACUUCAAAGAAAACAGGCAUGAACAGACCUUACCGUCCCUUUGAAGUACCUGCUUUUAAUAACAGAGGCAUUGGUUUGCCCAAAUUGCAACCAGUAACUAUGGUAGCUAGACCAAAUGCCCAGUUUUCUCCACAUCACUUCAAAACAAGUUCUGAUGUCCAAAUCACUAAUUAUGCUUCCAACUUACCUUUCUUAAGAUCAACACCAAGUCAUAGUAAGCUAGGAUUUAAAGAUCUACAUGAACUUCAACCUCAGUAUUCCUAUGAUCAAAUGACGUAUUUCCCAGCUGGCCAAAAUCAAAGACAACACUACAUGCCAUCUCCUCAAUCUUCACCUGUGAACCCUAAGACUCGUUUUGAACAGUUUUAUAAUAGAUCCUCUGAGUGUGGUGCUCCUCAUUCAGUACCUGUGCCACAGCCAGCAAGUAUAUAUGGUAGUAUUUCAAUGCCAUCACUGUGUGAUAUUGACCCUUUGGUGCCAGUGUCAUAUGUCAGGGAUCCCAGAUAUGCACAUACGCAGUCCCACUUUUUAAACAGAACGCAUAAUACUCAUUUAGCACCGGGUUGCAAUCAAAUGUCAGCAUCUGACUACAGCCUCCACAACAUCUCAGAUAAUGUUGGUUUUGAAAACCUGUUGUCAACACCUAUGUAUGGAGCACCUCAAGCACAUCGGAGAUUUUAACUCUGAUACACUGAUUUCUUGUCGCUUGCUAUCAUCAUCCUCACAACUAGCUUCUUUCUUCUGACUGAUGUUCAAAUGGUACAGUUAAUCCUCAAUGAAUAGAAAGAGACAGCGGACCUGGUUUUGGUUCCCAAUUGGAACUAUUUCAGUUAGUGUUCUAAUGAUGCUAGAAGAUGCAUCAAAGUCUCAACAUUGAAUUUUUUCUUAUCCUUACUAAGCAAAGCUUCAGUGAAACAUUUCAGAACCAGUAGCAUAUCAAACAAAAUAUCUGUGUAGUAUUCAGUUUUGCCUUUUGAUUUAAUCAACUCUAUGCAAUGAGGGUUGAUUGAAUCAAACACACUAUCCUCCAGUAUUUCCGCUAUUGUGGCAAAAUUAGAAAUUAUUAUUAGGAUUAUCUACUAUAGAAUCAAAGAAGCUACCAAGGAGCUGAGAAAUAUACCAGAAUCGAAAAGAACUAAUGACUGUCUGUGUUAACUGACCUCUGUUCAGUAAAGUUCACAAAAUUCCUGAUAUCUUAGAAUUCUCUUCUAUCUAUAUCAUCAUAACAUAUUUUUAAACUUUACCCAUGAGCUGAUUCAGUAUCAUUGUUUCAGUUCUCAAAGAGAGAAAAAAUAUUUUUUUUUAAAUGGAAACAUAGUGUAGUUAAAAUAUGUUCCAUCUCUAAAGGUGAGGUUAAUAGUCCAAAAAAUUAUAAUCAUAUUAACCAUAACUCAACUCUGUCACUUAAACUUUGGAUGGUAUGCAGUCUUAUUUCAGUCUCUGAUAAACAUCAUCAUUAUUAUUGUUCUCUUAUUAUUAUUAUUAUUAUUAUUAAUUUUGGAUGUUCAUCUGGGCAUCUAUUUUGAUGUCUAAAAAGAGACAUAUUAAGAACUCCCUGUCAGUUUUUCUGUACUGUUGUUGCAGGUCUCAAAUAUGCCUUACAUACAACUUCAUACAGUACUCUGAUAUGUCUCCAUAGUAACAAGAUCAAUACUUAUGUAGAAUUAGAAUUCGUUCAACAACUAUAUAUCCAUUUUCAAAGACAACCAUUUAAAAAUAAAAAUCACACACCCACUUGAAUACACUAAAAUAAUGACUAAUAUAACAAGCUUGUAUCCAUACUUGAGUUAAUUUAUGUUACUGUUGUCAUUCUUCUAGUUAACAAUGAAUGUAUUACCUGAGGAAUAAAAUCAACAAACUGA